CCUCUCAAAGAUGUAAAACGAGAGAAUAUUGAAUUUUUCUCUGAUAAGGAUCGAACACAAACUCUUUUCGGAAAUGUGUUGCUAGCGGACCUUGAUACAACUGCUUCAUGUCCACACAACAAAGGCUGUCCUUUCCAGUUUUUCAAACAAAAUAUCCCAAAAAUUACAACAUUAAAUGAAGUUUUGUUAUCUGCGGAAGAACAAGUCAUGUAA